ACACACACACACACACAGACAGACAGACAGACACACUCAGCUAGCCGGCCAGCUAGCUAGCUAGCUGCACAGCACCCAUUGGUCACGUCAAAAUCAAGCAAACCAUCUGCUUUCUUCAGAUAUCAGCCAUGGAUUUAAAUAAUAUGUUGUUGCGACUUGAAAGUGCCAACGAAGAGGAAGUCGAGAAGCUUCUGAAGCAGUAUAAUCAGGAGAACAGUCGCACCUUCGCCUUUGACCAAAAGGAAGAAACCCUGCGGAGUAAACUGUGUCAGAGUGUGUUGGCAGUACUUGGGAGGCAGGCGCAGCCCAGCUGUCAGAAGACAUGUCUGGAGACACUCCGCAUCCUGUCCAGAGACAAGCGUAUCCUCGCACCUGUAGCCACCAAGGAGGGCAUGCUGAUCCUGGGAAGGAUGGCGGGGCUGCAUGCUGGAGAGGAAGGAUGUGAUAACGAGAAAAGCUCUCAGGAAGACGCCCAGUCAGAGGAGGAGGAGAGGGUGGUGGUGGAGGCCUUGAAGUGCCUAUGCAAUGUGGUGUACAACAGUCCUGCAGCUCAGAAGGUUAGUGUAGACGUGCAGCUGGCUCAUGGCCUGUGUGCCACCCUGCGUACGGCCCGCACAUGGCACCACGAGGUGGGCCUGUUCACACUUCGCCUUCUCUUCCUGCUGUCUGCAUUGAGACCUGAUGUGAGAGGGGUUUUGAGGAGAGAAUUGCAUGCUGUGAGACUGCUGACAGAGGUGCUGGAGCACACCCUUGAUGUGCGCUGGGUCGGUCCCUAUGAAGCUGCCCCUCCAGAGCCGCAGGCCCUGCCCAUGCCUGCAGAGGACAAUGAGCGAACAAUGGAAGCACUCAAAGCCUUGUUCAACGUCACACUGUCUGAGGCUGGUGGUGAGGAGGACGACCACCAGUUCCGACUCAUCGCUGCCAUCCUGCGUCAUCUGUUGAUGCUGAAGACUGAGACGGAGGAGAAAACAGAGGAAGCACACAGCCAUGCCGUCAAUCUAUUGAAUAACCUGCCUGUGUCCUGCCUUGACAAGCUAAUCGACGUGCCCGUCCAGGGAGGACUAGAGAAAUAUGGUGGUAAAAACAUGGAUGCAGUCCAGGUGUUACUGGACUUCAUGGAGAAAAGGAUCGACAAGCAGGGCUCCAACUACAAAGAGGGUUUGACUCCGGUGCUCAGCCUCUUGACUGAAGGAUCCAGGAAACACAGGGAGAUCCGCAUUUAUAUCAAAGCUCAGGUACUUCCCCCACUGAAAGAUGUGAAGAUCAGGCCGGAGAUUGGCACUGCCGUCAGAAACAAGUUGGUCCGCCUUAUGACACAUGUCGACAUGGGUGUGAAGCAGACUGCUGCAGAGUUUCUCUUUGUCCUCUGCAAAGAAAGCGUGGACAACCUGUUAAAGUACACGGGAUAUGGAAAUGCAGCGGGGCUCCUGGUGGCUCGAGGACUUCUUGCAGGAGGGAGAGGAGAGACAGAGUACUCCGAAGAUGAAGAAGACUCAGACACAGAGGAAUACAAAUCUGCAAAACCCUUCAUCAACCCCAUCACCGGUCAUGUGGAGGAGCCGAUGCCGAACCCCAUCGAAGAGAUGACAGAGGAGCAGAAGGAGUACGAAGCCCAGAAACUUGUCAACAUGUUUGACAAGUUGUCAAGGCAGAAUGUGAUCCGGCCAAUGGGGGUCAGGCCCGACGGGACCUUAGCACCGCUUGAAGAAACUCUCUGUGAUGCGCCUGAAGACAACUCAGGAUCAGACUCUGACUAGUACUCGGCCCACCUAGGCCACAUUUUCCAGGCUAAGCUGACUAGAUCUGUGUCCCAUCUCAAGGCUGGAUCCUUUGAAGGAUGGUGCCCACAAAGGUGGGUUCUUCAGAGGAGCAAGAACCUGGCUGAACUUGUGCCUACACCCUAAACGCAUCUAGUGUCACAGAAACAGUGUAGAGCAGAAAUCAGUCAAAAGAUCCACACGCUGUCCAGAUAACUCCCUAUGAAUCACACUCCAUUAACUUUAAUGUCUUGGUAGAUAUCAGGACAAUGUGUGGAUCUACUCUUACAGAAACCCAAAGUAAAGUAGUUCAGACUCCCGCUUUUCAAUUCGUAUCACCAGGAAGUUUAGAUGAUUUAGAAAGCGGUUUCAUGAAACCUGAGUGAACUUAAAGAUUUUUGUUUUACUGCAACAAAUGCAGCACAGCUGGCAAGUGUGUGACAUGGUAACAGUAAAUGUAUCCAUAGUUCUAUUUAUCUGUAAGUCAGGCAUCCAUUAUUUACACCUUGCAGUGUAACAGCCCGUUAGACGUCUUCAGUCUACAAAUGUAACUUCUGAUGAUCCAUCCCUGAACUGGGACAGAGGUCAACAUGUCACAGCACACUCCGGCCCCGUCGCAGCUGUGAGCCAUUCUCCAAAGUGGAAGUGGACUUGAUGUGUGACAGAAAGACUCUACUGCGGCAUCAUAAUGCAUAGGAGGCCUCUGUGGUUACCGUUGCAUCUUCAUCAUUUAUUUUAUUGCUCCAUAAGUUGAGAAAAUGGGUGAUAAUGUGGUCUUUGCUGGAUCAUCUCACUGAAAGCACUGUUCUUAUGCGUUAUUCAGUCUGAAUAAUCAUUCCUUCACCUGAGCUUUUGUUUUUCCACUUUAAAGUUGAAUUAUUUUUCUUCUACAUGAUUAUACACUCUUUGUGUUUCUAGAUAAUUUAAGUGCACAUUAUACACACACGCACACACACUUUUAAACAUGAAAUCAUUGUAUCAGCCGCCACAUCACUAGUACUUGGUUUGAAAUCAUGGGGCCUGUCCAGUAUGGACCACGGAAUUGAUGUAUAUUUAGUAAUCAGGCAGUGUCAGUGUGGAUAGUUUAACUUGCAGCUCACAGUGAGUCUAUAUUUGGUUGUGUAACUAUGAUGAAUGCUGCACAUCAGUUAGUCACCAAGGAAACUUUCUGAAUUCAGGGCUUUUUGGCUUACUGUCAUGUCAAUGAAAGGUGUUCUGGACACGAAGACUUGUUCUUUUCAUUUCAAAGUGAGACUUCAAAUGGAAAGAUGCACCACUUUCCUGUGGUGGAUCAUCACAAACAGAUUGUUUCUGCCUGUUGUGGAUUCUUGACAAAGCAAUGUGUAAUGAUUGUUUUCUAAUCCAUGUUACUUUUGCCAAAUCUGCAUGAUCAGUUGUCAGCAAUGUGAUUUUUUUUUUUCUAGAUUGAAAUUUUUGCUAAUUUUAUAUAAAUACACUAGUUUAGUAUAUGUAUAAACUGAACAUUAUUUCUUUGUGUUUGGUACAAUUUAAAUUAAUGUAUAGGUUGUCAGGUCUGAAAUCAGCUACACGGUUGGUUAUGACUUCACAACAGGUUUAAACCCUAAACUGAAAUCCUCCUUUGGAUUACUAAUACAUUUAUUGUAAAAAAAAAAAAAAAAAAAGAAGGCUGAUUACAAUCCAGAGAAACUGAGUAUUUCUUUAACCUUUGAACGUGUCAUUAUUACAGUAAUAUUAAAUAAUCAUGAGCACACUUUUCACAUGGCCUGUGAAUCACCACUACUGCCUACUCAUACACAGAAUAACUCAUAAGUAGAAUAUUUAAUUGAUCUGGAGUUGGCUUCACACUGGCACAAAAGACCUAACUCAGCAUUUAGUCACCCUCCUGAAUUUCAUGUGAGUAUUAAGUUUUUUUGUUUUUUUUUAAAGGUCAGAUAUUCACAUGGUUUACAAAUUAAAGGGAAAACCAACAUUAAGUGUCUUAAUGAGGUGUUGAGCCACCACAAGCCAACAACUUCAAGAACAACUUCCGUGCUCCUUGUCCGCAGAAGACCAGAGCAUUCGUUUCACAGGAUUUUGAUAUUUAUCAAACCAUUUGGUUUGUUUCUCCACUCAUUUCUUCAGGUUUAUCCCUUUAAUAUUUCCGUAUGCAUCUGUAGAUCACACUUGUUUUUUUUUUGUGUUCCUAUGUAAAUGCCUUCUUUUUCCCCCUCCACAAACAUAGUGGGAUAAAUCCAAAUUGCAUGUGAAUCAUUUCUGGAAAGAAUACAUUAUGGGAACAGUUUCUUUUGCACAUUUACAUACUGUAAAUAGCACCACAC